UGGCGGACACUUCGAAACUCCAAUUUUCAUCCACGACGAUGUGUACCCCUCGAGUCACGCAUUUGUCUUAAACUUGUCUUAAAAAUUGAAUUCAUCUCAUGUCAGAUAUUCAUUGAAAAUGAAUGAUCCGCUUAAAACUGACAUAGAUCUGCAGCCCUUGUUUAGAAAACUUGGUCAUCAACUGGAGGAGAUCAGAGUCAGAGCUCUGCGCAAUGUCCAGUCUAAGCUUGACCACCAUAUCAUAUGUGAUGCAGACCUAGUUCAGGAGAAACACUUGUUGAUAAGGCUGUUGGAGUGGUUCAACUUCCCUACUUGCCCACAUCAAGAUGAGGUGAUGACACUUCUGGCAAGACUGGCCAAGCACUCCUCUGCGGCCCAGCUCCUGCAGGACAUUGGUGGAGUGGAGUUCCUCACCCAGCUCAGAGUGAACUGUGACAAGGUACUGCACCCAUUGAUAGACCAAGUGUUGGAGUACAUGAUGAGGCUACCAGACUCUGCUGAACAGACUCAUACCAGCCAGUGUAUAUAUCAGCAAAAUUCUAUCACAAGAAGUCACCCUAGCCCAGUCCUGUCCCAGCCUCCCACCCACACCCACACCCACAGGGCAAGCUACAGACAGGACUAUGACAGUGCCAGGUACCAAACAUCUGAGACCUCAGAGGACACAGUCAUGGGCUACUUCACCCCAGACCAGGAUGGUCAGUUUGCUGGUCAAGUGGCUGGAGUGACCAGGGAACAGCUGGACAGAGAUAUUUCUGGCUGCAUUAAAUUUUCCACUUUCCCAUGGCUGCCUUUGACUCCAACAGACAGACAUGUUAUGUCAUCAACUGAAAACUCACUACACAGUGGAGACCAGACCAUGGUGAUAAGUGCAUGUGAGUUUCUUAGUGAUGUUGUCUUCUUGGAUUUUCCUGCUGAGGUCUUUCUGCAACGACCUAGCAUUGUCAAGAUUUUGUUACAACUGCUUCAAGUGCCCAGUGAGGGUGGGACAUCAGGUGUUGUGACAGCUGCAGUGAAAACACUACGAGACCUUUGUGUCCAUCUGCAGCACAGGAUCCACUUUUAUCAGGAUCCAACUCUGUAUACACCAAAAAUAGACUUUGGGGCAUCUCCUCCAUCAAGUGUUGCAUCUCCUAGCAAUCAGACUCUUAAUUCUUCUGAUACAAGACCAUCUGUGAUUGGUCGAAGUGAUACCCGUAACCAGGGUGAUGGUCAAGAUAGAGAUACUUCGCCAUCAGAUAGUUCAAGACCAGUGUCCCCUCAGGAGGACCAGGACAUGGGUAAUCACCAGCAGGAAGACACAGACGUUGACGAGAUGGACGCCCUGCAGUUCUCUCAACUGACCCUUCCACAGUGCUGUCUCCGGACACUGACCAGGGCUGCCCCCUUGCUGCGAACUGACCGCAAGGACACCCUGGUGGAUGUAGCUCUCUUGAUGGACGAGAGUUUGGAUGUACUGGGGCUAAGUCUCACAGGUCAGGUGUGGACAGAUGGCAGUAUAACAGCUAGAGAUAUGGUUGAGAAGUUACAGGAAUUUUUACAAAUCCUUGGUGAAGUCUCCAGUUACCAUCACCACCAGUCUGGCACCAGUGGUGACAAGGAGCAGCACCGCCUUGGUUUCCUGGUGGUCAGCGUAUUCCUGCACAAGUUCCUCAAGCUGUUGGUGCCAGUUGAACAGGCUCAGUCUGUGAUCUCGGAGCACCUGAGUCAGUCAGUGAGCUGGAUAGUGUUUGAUGAGGCGCUUUCCCAGAGUCUCCCUGCCCUCAGACCUGCUUUCCUGCCUUACCUGGAGGCUGUGGAUGGAGAGGGGUACCAGAGGUUCCUGCAGGCUGAGACCAUAGUGGUGUCCAUGCAGAAGACUUGCCAGUUCUUACUGAACUGCCAGAACAGGUGUGAUCAAGAUGCCACAGAGCUGAUACAGAUUGCAGAGGACUCCCUGCCCAGUCUUCCAUAUCACUGUAACCUAACACUGGUAGAGGAGUAUGUCAGACUGUGCUCUGAUGUCUGCAGUCCAGUCAAUGCCAGUCCAAUAGUGAUGACCAACAGUAGGAAGGUGCUCCUGGAAGUCCUUGCCCACUCUCUGGUGGAGGUGAAGCUGAGGGCAUUCUCUGUAUGUCUGGCACUGGUCAAGGAUACUCUUCAUAUUGAUGGCCCCGGCAAGCCGUCCAGUUGUCAGAAAAUCCUGUUCUUGUUGGACAGACAUGUUCUGUAUGAAAUCUGCUGCUUUGGGAUGGAUGAUGCUAAUGAAAGGGUCUUGGGUGUGGCACAGCAGGUAGUCUUGUACCUCCUUCAGAGUCAGCUGCUAAUGCCUGAUCAUAUAUGGAGCAGACUGAUGCAGAUUGUGGCUGCUAUAAUGCCAAUAUUACAGGGUUAUGCUGGUUUGCAGAGCCCCCUAGGGAGCAGUAUUCGUAGCCUGUGUGAGGUCACUCCGACUCCAGUGAAGGGAACGUUGCCCAAACUAGAGAGGUUCAGGGGUGUUCUCAGAAUGAUGUUUUCCAAAGAUGUCAGGACCAGAGCAGAGGCGCUGUCCAAGCUGGCCUGGUUUCUCUCAGAUGAGGAGGACAGCGAGAAGAAGCUCCCAGUCUUCACAGAACUAGACGUGGCUGGGCUGUCAGACCUGUAUGUCAUCAGGGAGCCUAGAUACCUAGAAGAUUCUGAUGAGGCUAGGCGCUCUGUUUUCCAGGUGGACAGUAUGAUGAAAGUUGUCAAUAUUCUCAGAUCUCCAUCAGUGGAUAUUGGAGUGAAAAAGUCUGCACUAGACCAGCUAGCUAUUAUGUUACAAGAUACCAGUCUACACAAAGUGUUCAGGGAAGAGGGAGGGCUGGAGAUGGUGCUGGACAGUAUGAAGACGGCUGUGCUCAAAGAAAACAGUACAGUUCAGUUUUCUGAGACCAUCUUUCUGCCAGCCUGUGUGACCUUGCUACGUCACCUGGUCCAUUCCGACUACCAUCUCCGUCACCAGUUGGCGCAUGAAUCACAAACCUAUUACAUGAUAGUCAGAGCAUCUAUCCUCCACAACAAGAAUGAGCAAGUACAUUAUGAUGCCUCACACCUCUUGCUGUUGUUGUUAUUUGAUGAAGUGGCCAGCAUAGAUGUCUGGUCAGUAGCAGUGGACUCUUCCCCCAAGAAGUCAGUUCAAUGUUUCAGUCUCCCAGCCUUCAUGGCUCACAGGUACCACAUUCCCUUCAAACCCAUUACCCACCAUGUGAUCAGCCAGCACAGGAUUGACCUAGUUUCCAGCACAGACCCCCUGCAAACAGGACCCCCUGCAGAGAUGUUAAAAAUAGCCUGGAAUGUGGCCUGGCAUGGAGAUAUGGAGAGUUUGAUGGUAGAUCUGAGGAAGAAAAAGGAAGAGGAAAAGGAGACUGAGUUUUCUGCCAAGUUACAUUUAACACCAGCAGACAGAGCCAUACUGGAGACCACCCACCUGAUCUCUGCCAUCCAGCAGUGCCUGUACAGCAUGUGUAAUGCCACAUCCCACACUGAAGUCAGCCAGGCCCUGGGGAGACUGAAGACCUACAUGACAGUGUGCAGGGUGCAUGGACUGGGUGCAGAGAUACUGUACAGGUUAAAAUGGAGAGAGGCCAUUGGAAGAUUCCUUCAGGUCAUUCCAGCGUCAUCUUCGGAUGAGUCACUCUUGAUGGAAAUUCUCUCUUUUUUAAAUCUGAUGUUGGAAGCAGGCCCAGUGCCUCAGGCUGAGCAAGUGUGGCUUGGAGAUCUCUUGGUUAAAAAGAAGGGGGCGCUGCCAAACAUGAUAAGCUUACAGGAUGGCAGACAACAAGACGGGGAGGGGGACCAUGUGGAUGAUAUUACUAGGUUGCUAAGGAAAGAAGUGCUAUGCUUUGUACGAAGAUUUGUUAAUAGGCUGCCUCAGAUGAUAGCUAAGACAUCCUUGAAAACUUGGCUCAGAGGAGAUAUUGUACGUAGUCUUCUGCUGAGGUUAAACUUGGCAGAUGCGCCACAGUUUUACAAUCUCCCUUCCCUAGAGAGCACACUGCCAUGCUUGACCAAUGUGACAGCAAGACCAGGUUGGAGUUCUGGAUGUAAAGACACAGAUAGCAGCACUCUCUGCCUGCAGCUACUGAACUGUUUACUGGAGGUACUCUCAGCCUUUCACAUAGGGCGUGGAGGGAUGUCGAUGUCGUACAUGGGACGUGGGGUGACCAGGAAUGCCACACUGUGUCUGCGCCACCUGGCAUAUGAAAUGUCUGACCAAAGCACAGAGGAGGACUGGCCCAAGUGCUGGCUGUUCACCAAGCAGCUCCCAGAACACCCCAGCACAGACCCUGCCUACAACUGGCUGAUACCACUGUGGACAUACAGAGACCCAGAGGUCCGUGCUGCAGGUCUUGGCAUAGCUGUAGCCUUGACAAGCACAGAGGCGGGCCGUAUCACCAUGACAACACAUUGCCAACAGCUGAUUGGUGGAGUUUGGGGAGCAGCUUUUUCUGUUCUCCUGGACCAUUAUGAGUGUAGCAUGGUGAGACAACAGGCUGCCUUAUUGCUGGUCAAUCUCACCUCUGAUACUAUGCCAAGUGGCAGUGUGGAACUGGGAGCUAAUAUAUGGCAAGGACCUGUCAUUACUAGCCCACAGAACCAGGUGGCGCUGGUGGGGACCUCAGCCCUGAUGGCCCUCCUCCACCACAGUCACUUCUACCAGGAGAUGGUGGUCCUACUGUCCAGUUACUACCCCUAUAUCACUGUCCACCCCAUCAAAGUGGCCUCUAAUUCACCUGGACAGGUGUCCACAGCCUCCCAGUCCACUCUCACUACUUCAGAGUCUGGAACACCUGUUCCUGGAGUGGCCACUCAGUUUGGGCGCCCUGCAGUCCACGCUGUGAUAGUAGAACAGGCAGACAGUAGCCCAUCUCAGCACAGCUCACACCAUGACUCUCCUGUGACUGGCUCUAGUGGACAACCUGCAGACAGCAGCAGUCCGUCCACCUACCUGUCCAGGGGCAGUGCUGGGGACUACCAGAGUAUAGCCACCCCCUCCCUGGUCUCAGCGGUCAGUCAGCUUCUGACCAACCUGGUGGUCCUAAUGCCCCAGGACACCCUGGACUGCUUGAAGAAGGAGGGGCUGCUCAGGGCACUGGUCAGUUUGACGGACCCUGAUUUAUUAGCAGUGUACACCAGGGACAUGCAGCAAUCCAAAACUCCCUCCUCCUCCCCCUCCUCAGGGUCCAGUGAAGAUGAGGGGAUGUUGCGACAGCUGGUCAUCCUGGUCGGUCUGGUGGAGAUGUACACCAGUAUCCUACAGCUGGUCACUCACUGCUGUGAACUGGACACUGAGGUCAGGGAGGAGAUACUGCAGGAGGCAGUCAUACUGGACGGUACUCUUAGGCUGCUGGAGUAUAAUAUUACAGAUCCUAUUGUUAUAGAGAAGUGCCAGGCCCUCCAGACAGCUGUGUAUAACUUCCUGAUAUCACUGCUGCAGCACUCUGGGCAACAAGGGUUCCUGAACAUUGCUCAAGCAUGUGUAAAGCAAUGGGACAUAUUAGCAGGUUCUCUGGCAAAAAUAUUUUCUGGAUCACCAUCAGAAGUGCAAGAUGCAGCCCUGAAUUUUAUCACUGUUCUCCUCUGUGAGGAAGGCAAAAUCCAAGAAAGUUAUGUCAAGAAAUUAGGUCACAAGAAAUCUAUACUGUCCAUGCUAGACAAAACUGGGGGGAAAAAUGAAAAAGGUGAAGAUUCCCCCACCAGUGGUGCAAUCUUGAGCCAGGCUCUCAUUAAAUUAUAUGACACGGUGGUGGUGAAGAAUGUCACUGUUCACUUGGAGGCCAGGACAAGACACAUCAGUGUGGCGCUCAGGUCCCUCCUAUCCCAAUGUGCCACCGCCAAGAUGGCUGCACUAGAAGCUGGACUAAUGGAGAUUCUUAUGGAGCAUUUAAGAAAAUUACACAACCAAUUAAAUAUGGAGUCCUUGCAGAUUGGGAAAGUUACAUCUGGCAGGAAGAAGGAUGAUCCUCUAUUGGAGUCUAUGGUGCUUACUCUUGAACUUCUUAGAAGUUUUAUGCAUGAUCAAGCUGAAGUGAAGACUGCAGCACAGCUCAGUGGAUUGAGUUCAGUGUUACAUCAGAUGUGGGGAUGGUGUCAUGUGGACCAAGCUCUCAUGAAUGCUGUGCUUCAUGUCCUAGCUAACUACACAGCCAAAUGUCUUGCAGCUGCCAGCAGCCUGGCCUUGACCUCUGCCCUGUCUUCAGUGGACCUCCCCAAUGCCAAGCCACAACACAACAAUAACUCACUGGUGCACUGUCUGCUGAAACUCACCACCAGGGAGUGUGAGAGACUGUCCAAGACAAGCCUGUCCAUGGUUCGAACCCUGUUUGCCAUACUGUCCAAUAUUGUUCUGUCUUCAGAGUGCAGAGGGAUUAUGUGGAAGAGCAAUUUCUUCCACAGGUUCUCUUCUCUUUGUCCACUCAAGCCCAGCAAGACCAAGGUCCAGCAGGCCCUGGACGUGAUGUGGCUGGAGCUGCUGGUCAACCUCUCCUUCACCACAGAUGGACAACAGAUGAUAUUAAAGAUGGGGGACUCCCUGGCUCUAUUACUGGAGUUCUGUGAGUCUGAGCACAGCCAGGCAGCCUCCAGUGCUCUGAUGGUUCUGAGAAACAUGUGCCAUCACUCUGCCAAUAAACCCAAGAUUCUGGGAAAUGAGAAAGUGGUGCCUUGCUUGCUGAGGUACCUGGAAACCAACCUUGAUGUCGGGGAUGCCACUGUUGCGAUGUCUGCACUCUGGGCUCUGGUCUAUAAUAAUCAAAAGGCCAAAGCCACACUAAAGAACAGCAAUAUGUUAAGAAAGCUGCAGAAGGCCUACAGCACAGUGGAGACCAAAGGCUGUGGAAGUCCAUGGAAAGAACAACAGCAGGGCUACAUGGAAGCCAUUCUCUCCACCAUUGAAGAGUAAUGCCUGAUGCCAGG